UUUAUUUGUGGUGAUUGGUAAUUUUCUUGCAUCCUUUAUCAACUUUCUUAUUUAUUGUAGUUUAGAUUUGAUCAAUUGAACAAUUAUUGGUUGGAUAGCUGAGUGGUUAUAUUUGUUUAGGUAAUAAUGUACACUUAAUUUUAUGAUAAAUUAUAGAACCGCUAUCUUACCCAAUUACUUGUUUUGGUUUCAAUCGGGCGAGGGCGCGUAUCUAACUCAUCCAGACAGCUGUCCAGCAGUCCAAACGUAGUUUGGAUCUUACAGUUCUAAACAAAUAUUUUGGUCGAAUUCGCUUGGCUUUCGUUUCGUUGAUUCCAAUCAUCGUCUCUGGGAAUAUUUGGUCGUUCGCUUGCGAUGCCAAACAAUCGUCGAAGGAAAUUAAGUCCAAGGCUCGUGGAUGUUAAAAGAGAUGAACAAAAGGAUGGAUCCCCUCAAUCAAGGCAAGUGCCUUCUGAUGCUUCUAUGUGUCAUGGUUCAUAUUCUAAUAGGGACGAUUGUAAUUAUAGUGAAUCUAGUUGUGAUAUAAUGACAGAUGGCAUAGAAAACCUUGAUUUAGACGUGAAGCAAGCAAAAGGCGUAAGGCCUACGGCGUUUUUCAUAGGUCCAGAGUUACCAAAGGUUGAGUUAAGUUAUUUCGACGGACAACCAAGAGGUUACUGGAAGUUUUUAAGGGAGUUUGAGACCUAUGUGGAAUCAAGGGUCAAGGAUGAUGGUCAACGCUUGCUUUAUUUGAUACAUUAUUGUAAGGGUAAAGCGAAAACAGCCAUUGAGGGUUGUGUUAUGUUGGAAGCCUCUUUUGGUUACAAGAAGGCCAAAGAAAUUCUAAAACGGUUGUUCGGACAGGCACAUGUAAUCGCUCGGGAAACUUUAGAGGACUUAUUCAAGAUUACAAAUGUUGAUUACAGUGAUCCUGAGCAACUAACAAAUCUAGCUAUUAGGAUGGAAAAUUGUUCUAUGGUUUUGAAACAGAUGAAGUAUACUGCCGACUUAAAUUCUCUAAUUACCUUAGAGAGAAUAGUAGGACUCUUACCUCAAGUUAUGCAAGCCCAGUGGGCGGACUGGGUGGAUGAAUUGACUGAAGAUAAUAGAGAACCAACCUUUGACGAGCUUACUCAUCCCGCGCGAGAGUAG